UUUGAUUUGCUGAAUUGUCGUCGGAAGGUUCGGUCCAGAAGAGAGACAGAGAUUUCUGAAACCAAAACUUCUUCACCGACUGUCUUUAAAAACAGUUUCUCAUCCUUCGGAGAUUUCUCUGUUUCUCUUUGUAGACCAAAGCAUUUUAUCUAUAUUUGGUGUCAUCAUCCUCUUAUGCUGUAUUAGAUAAGGCGGUGUUGUUGAUUCUGGUUCAAAGGGAAAGUGUAAAGCUUUGCAUGCAAGCUGUUUUCUCACGCUGCUUUCAAUUUUCACCAUUUAUUAUAUGCAGACUAAUACAUUCAAAUUAAGAACCAGAGCUUAGAAACUGAUGGGAACGAUGGACAACAUCAUUGAGGUUUCUCCUCUAGCUGGUGAGAGAGUUGCUCCAAUGGCACCUCCAUUGCCUGGUACAGCAACAAGUAGUUAUAAUCAGAAGGGGUACCUGAUGAAUGGAUCACAGCAAAGAAGAUACUGCUGUGUCUCUACAUCUACAAAAGAGUUGUGGGAUCGCCUCUUUGAUGAAGGUUAUAGAGCUGAUGUUUCUAUUUAUACCGACAAUGGUGGCACCAUCUAUGCGCAUGCUAAUAUUCUUGGCAUGUCUUCUCCUGUGAUAAAAAGCAUGUUAAAGAAAUCAAAAAGGCGUGGUCGGCAGAGAUCAAUUUCAAUCCCUGGUGUUCCACAUGAUGCAGUUAGAGCUUUUAUUCGAUUUUUGUACUCUUCCUGUUAUGAGAAAGAAGAUAUGGAGGAAUUUGUCUUGCCUUUGUUGGUGCUGUCACAUGCAUAUGUGGUUCCUGAGUUGAAGCAAGUAUGUGUGCAACAACUAGAGCAGGGUUUGCUUACCAUAGAGAAUGUAAUUGACAUCUUUCAACUUGCAUUAUUGUGUGAUGCCCCUAGGCUUAGCUUCAUUUGUCACCGUAUGAUUCUGAGGAACAUUAAAGCUGUUUCUGCUACUGAGGGAUGGCAAGCAAUGAAGCAAUCCCACCCAAUAUUAGAGAGGGUACUUCUGCAGUCAAAAAUUGAUGAAGAUAAUAGGCAAAAGGAUCGGAUCAGAAAGACAAACGAGGGAAAGAUUUAUUUGCAAUUAUAUGAGGCAAUGGAGGCUCUUGUCCACAUAUGCAGAGAUGGUUGUCGGACAAUUGGGCCACAUGAUAAGGACUUCAAAGCAAACCAGUCACCCUGUGAUUAUGCAGCCUGUAAGGGACUGGAAUUGCUUGUACGUCAUUUUGCUGCUUGCAAAUUGAGGGUUCCUGGCGGUUGCGUUCAUUGCAAGAGAAUGUGGCAGCUAUUGGAGUUACACUCCCGGCUUUGUGACAAUUCUGAUAUCUGUAGGGUUCCUUUGUGCAGGACCUUUAGGGAGAAAAUUAGGAGACAGAGCAAGAAGGAUGAGAUUAAGUGGAGAAUACUUGUGAAAAAAAUAUUGAGAACAAAGACCAUCGCUGGAGCACCAUUUUUUUCGUCGGCCAUUGCUAGCUCUAGAUGACAUCAUUUUCGUCAGCCAUUGCUAGCUAGCUCUACAUGGCAUCAAACUUUGCUGCUCCUAGAACCAGUUUCAAUUGUAAAUUAGUUGUAAUUGCCUAUUUGUAGAGAAAAUAUUGGUCCAAGGUGUUCUUUUGUAUCUCAGUGUGGAAUUAAAAAUAAGAGAAUCACUUCCUUCCAGACAUUUGUCACUCCCUGGAAUGGACCAAAAAGUUGUGUAUUGCUAAUGAAAUGGACAAUUCGACUA